GAAAAAUGAAAAAGAAGAAGCCGCUCUUCCGAAAGACGACUUUCCUCUUUUGCCUUGUUACUUAGCUGCUACGUCGCGAAAUUGAUUCCGCCGCGCUCCGCGAUCUCCGGUUUCUGCUGCCGCGAACUCACUGUAAUCACACAGAAGACACUUCCCGCUGGCUCGGCAAUCCGCCGGAUAAGGCUUAGACGAACAAUCGCAAGGGAAGGAUGAAGAUCGACCUCAAUAAAAUAGCUCGGAAAGUCGAGGUUGACAAUCGGAUUCCUCUCCGGUACUAUUACAGGAUCGCCGACAACCUCCUCCGUCAGGCGACCGUCUACCGAGAUGAGCGUAAUGUGGUGGAUUUGUACAUCAUGCUUCUCAGAUUCUCGAGUUUGGUCUCUGAGACUAUUCCAUUCCAUCGAGAUUAUCACAGUUACCUUCUGAAGGAUAAGGCUGGCUAUAAGAAGAGGUUGCUUUCUGUGUUAGAGGAACUUGAAUCCUUGAAACCUGAAUUCAAUCGUCGAGUGGAGGAACUGAAUAGGGGAUACUCGAAUGUACGGAUACGAGAACUCGAUGGUACGGAAGAAAAUUCGUACGAUUCGCAGUCAUCUUCACCACAGUGGCCCUCAGUGAAUAGAAGAUCAUCCUCUGGAAGAGAUGUUGCACAGGUUUAUGUUAUUAAUGCUGUGAUUAUUAGCCUACCAGCAUGGUUCCUCAAUCUUCAUGGAAGAACAAUGAUGCUCAAGCUCUUUACUCAAGUCCCUCGCCACUUGAAAAGCAAUUGCAUAAGUUGUGAAUCUAUUGGUAGGCCUGCUCCCAAUCGGGAAACUUUGUCUAGGCACUCGCUCUUAGGUCCAAACGGCCUUAAUGCUGAAUGGCGGCCACCUACUGCAGCGAUCAAGGUGCAGUAUCCUAGCCACGCUGAAUUGGCAUCUACAGAGGAUACAAGCUUAAAUCUGGCUGGAGAAUAUGGCAGCGUGGAAGUUAAGAACAAUGAUUCUGGUGCUGUCAUGGAUUCUAUUCUUUCCUUGGAUGAUGGUAGAUGGAUACACCCUGCUGAGGAGCCAGGAAACACAUUAGUUCACGAGGCAAGGGAAGAUCCUUUUCAGUUUGUUGGUAUUAGGCAACCAUCCCCUCCUCCGGUUCUUGCUCAAGUGCAACAUGAAUAUGCUCAAAUUGCUCCAUCUAAAGUUGCUGAUCCACGACCGGGUCCAGCACCUUCUCAAGAGGGCAUGUCUGGCCCUAAUUCGUAUCAAGAUGUGCACAUUCCUGUGAAUAUGAUGCAAGAUUUCUUAAGAUUGGCCCGGGCAAAUACAGAGAAGAAUUUAGAAACGUGUGGUGUUCUGGCUGGAGCUCUGAAAAACAGGGUGUUCCACAUCAGCACGCUUAUCAUCCCAAAGCAAGAGUCAACUUCAGAUUCGUGUCAGACGUUAAAUGAAGAAGAAAUAUUUGAAGUUCAAGACAAACUCUCGUUGUUUCCCCUUGGUUGGAUCCAUACACAUCCAACGCAAACCUGCUUCAUGUCGUCUGUCGAUCUGCACACACAUUACUCCUACCAGAUAAUGCUACCGGAAGCAAUCGCCAUUGUCAUGGCUCCAACCGACGACUCGAGCCCACACGGAAUAUUUCAUCUAUCAGACCCAGCCGGAGUAUCUGUGAUCCGUAACUGCCAGCAAAGGGGCUUCCAUCCGCACGAGGAGCCCUUGAAUGGAAACCCCAUCUACGAGCAUUGCUCCCACGUCUACCUCAACUCCAAGAUGAAGUUCGAGGUCAUGGAUCUUCGGUAAGCCUUUUUCCUGAAGCCACCUCCAACACCAAAGCACACUUGCUCCCUAUCAUGGUACACAUAAAUAUCUAUAUCUCAACGAGCUCUGUAAAUACAAUUGCUUUUUCCCCUGCUACGAUUCACUUCCGCAGCUCCCUGUACAUAGCCUCUUGUAGUGUGUAUUACAUAUCGCAUCUCCGAGUCAUUCCCAACACAAAGCCUAUCAUCACCAUGGGUCGCGAACCGAGCUGAUGUUUGAGUGGGGAUCGAGCCGCGGGUUGAAUCUAAAUUCAGCUCGGUUUCGAAUUUUAAAAUUCUACUAUUCUUUCUUCUUCUUUGUUUCCAUUCCAAGUACAAAAGGGACUGGAGUUACGUCUGGCCGAACUGUGUUUUACCUUGGACCAGACAAAAUGCCCUGUACCUGCUGGGCACUACACUAUAUUUUCUCUAGGGUUCUCCGGCGAGGGUGGACGGUGGACCACGUAGAUUGAGUAAAAAAGGGAAGGAAGAGGUGGCGGCCCAUUGCGCAAGUUGCCAGUGAAUGCCAUUAAAGGGCGCAAGGUACUCUUUUACAACGGUGGAUGGAGCCUUAAAUUGCUCCUGAAUACUAGUACUACCGCCAACCUCCCUUUCGAGAACCGCCCUACAGGGAGAAACCUUUACUGCUUUACAGCGCAAUCGUCUUAAUUUCUUUCUGGGGCAUAUUGAAUUGAAUCUUCUCGUUGAUUCGGCAUCUCUCGGUGGCGGAAUAAAGACCUUUUUUUGAUGCGGAUCCGACCGACCCAGGAAGAGAGCGAGAGUGUCGUCUUUCCUCGCUGACCCGACUUUGGGGUGAAAGUGACAAAUUUUGUCAAAUCUCUGGAAAAGCGAGACGUUGGCAGGUAAUGUGUG